AUGUUUUUGCAACGAUCUGCUGUGGCUGUCGCCCGUCGAGCCGCUGUCUCUCCCGUCGUUAGACGCAGUUUUGCAGUCUCGGCUAUUCGCCGUGAAGCGAAGAACGUCGAGACCCAUGCUGCUAGUGGUGGACGAAAGAUCAAGACUUUUAAUGAAGUAAGGACCGAAGAAGACCUAAUUGGACCCGGUGCCGCCCCCGGUACCGUGCCUACCGAUCUCGAACAGUCGACUGGUCUGGAGCGAUUGGAGAUCCUCGGAAAGAUGGAGGGUGUGGAUGUCUUCGACAUGCGACCUCUGGAUGCUUCGCGACUAGGCACUGUCGACAACCCUAUCAUGGUCCCGUCUGCUGGCGAUGAGCAAUAUGCCGGCUGCACCGGCUUCCCGGCCGAUUCCCAUAUUGUUACUUGGCUCGGCAUGUCUCGCGAGCGACCGGUCGAGCGGUGCCCUGAAUGCGGCAGCGUUUACAAGAUGGAAUACAUUGGACCCCAGGAUGACCAUCACGGCCAUGGCCACGACCAUCACGGCUACGUGGAGCCCAAGACGUUCGCCGACUACGUCAAGCCUCAGUACUGGUAA